AUGUCUACAUCGAUGGCCGCACGCGUACGCCGACUCAAGAAUUCUCUACAAUUCUGGGCCGAUGAUCCGACGGGCUACUAUAUUGGCGAGCACCUCGGAGGAUCUUCAAGCAACGAUCAAGAGGAUAGUGUCACAUUAGCAUUCAUUCAAGUCGCCGCCAAAAUCCAAUUGUUCUGUUUCAAGUCACAAGAGAUGAAGUGUUAUGUGGCGAUGGCCUUCCUCUGGGUAUUGCAACUUCUGGUUUCUCAUUCUCACGCCUCAGCUAUUUCCGGUCGCUUGCUUAAUGGGGCGGUGUUUUUGGGGAUUCUGAACUCGGCACGGAGACGUAGUGACUAUUCAAUAAAGACACCAAAGUACACUUUGCCAAGGAUCUUGCAAGGCACGCCUAGAGGGGAAGGCUUCAACGCCGAAGCCUGGUCAACUGCGCCUCAUGCGGCAACCGGUUUUUUGCAAACAUACCUUUGGUCUGACAAGCACUGGUCUCCCGGUAAUCCUUCACCCACCAGCACUGUUUCAGCGCAUGUAACCUCGCAAGCCUCGGCAGUACGCGCUGUCUGGACACACGAUCUUCAGACCAUUAACAAUGAAACAUCGAAGCUUUCGUUGCCUCAGCUUCGUGAGUAUGAAACCUGGAUUGAAGGGUAUGAGCAUAGCGGACCAUACGAGGACAUCAUACUGAACCAGCCACUUUUCGCCAUGACUAACAUAUCCUCCCUCACCACGAUCUGGAUAGCGCCAAAGUCCAACAUGAACUCCGUUACGACGGGACUUGUGGUCAUAGGUCCCAUAGAAGAGAAGACUGGCCAACGUUACGGACUCGGCUGCUCGAUAGAUGCCCGAUGGAAUAAAGCACAGCAUAUCAUGACACAAUCGUCAUCAUAUUCGCUAGAGAACACUGGCAAAUAUAUUGGCGCAACGAUCAGCAGUGCACGCUCUUCGGCGGACAUCGUAGAUAAAGCUUUAACCAUAAUUGAUAGUGACGGCAAUUGGAGACACAUCAGCAACCAGGAUGGCUUGAGGCCUUAG